AUGCGUGUGCGCAGAGGCUUGAAGUGCGUGCGGCCCGUCCUCCCCUCCCGCCUGCGCGGGACACCGCCAGAGAGAAACGUGAAACCAACCCGGAAGUCAUCAUCUUUUGAAAGAGAAGGAUGGUGGAGAGUAGCAUUAACAAAUACUCCUAUACCUGGCACUUACCACUUGAAAACUUUCAUUGAAGAAUCUCUAUCAAAUCCAGUAAUAGCAACCUACAAUUUUAAAAAUGAAGGAAGAAGAAAACCACCUCUUGUGCACAGAAACAAUCCUGUAAUAAAUGAUAUUCCCCAGUACAUGCCUCCCGGCUCCGUGGAAUUGUUACAGAAGCAAGCAGCCACUUACUCGUUUAAAGACAAACCACGGGAAAGCCCCAGCACACUGGUUUACAAAGAUCAGACAAUUCAGCUUUCACCAGGACAAUACGAUAUUCUUCCUCCACCAGUUCCCAAGUAUGCUUCCAGGGGCUUCGUAUUUCGUUCCGCAGUUGCAAGAUUCCCAACAGGCUACUUCAUUCCUCAUGAAGGCCCAGGCCCAGGUCAUUAUGACUUGAAAAUACCCCCUACAAGUUCUGUUACUUCUUGUUUUCAGUCCAGAGUCCCUCGAUUCUUACCCUCCUGUUCAAAAACCCCAGGCCCAGGAGCAUAUACAUCUUCAGCACAAUUCCCGAAGCAGUCUCCAACUGUAGCCAGAAUGGGCCGAGAACACAGCCUUUUCUUCAACAACACAAUUGGCUUUUAA